CGCAGUUCGGUUUUUAAUCAUCAAACGCAAGCAGUUCCGUACGGUGGUGCUGGUCGCUACGUGACCGUAGUUUUCUAUAACCAAACUUUUGUACCCGUGUAUUUGGAAUCUGUAAUUCCAGCCAGGUAUAUAUAGAUUUAUAGCAAACGAGCUGAGUGUACUUGGCGGUCGGGCCAUCCCAUCAGCAGAGAGCAAGAGGCCAGACCAAAGUUCCAUUUUCAACCACCCCCCGCCCAUGCCAGCAGGGCAUCGGUAGUAGUAGGUACAUAGUGCUUCGUGUGCGUGUGUGUACCCACUCGUUUAUGCAAUAUUAUUAUUCUGCCUGCUGAAGACUGCCCAGCACCACGGCUGGCAAAUGGUCGUUGCUCUUUCUCCGCACCGGGAGACGUAAUCCGGGAACAAGUUUUAGCUGCCUCAUUUGUGAGUGAGGUAAUGCGAAUUUUGACGAUUCACAUGCUGUAGAUGUGUGACAAGAAAGUGAAAAGUUGCUGCACGAGUCGUCGAGGAAGUGAGAGAUCAUCCAAACAGUAGGCGAGUGUUAUAACACCAAUAACUUGGUGGAAGUGAAGGAAGACUCCAGUGUAGCUAGCAACGGUAGUGAGCGGGAUUACGCCACCAGUUUUAUAUAGAAACAGAUUGUCGUAAACAGUUUGACACAUUUGAAGGAAAUUUAAUUAAAUACUUCGUUGUAGUUGAAGCACUGGCCAUAUAAUUUUAUUUGGUGACCCUGUUUCGGCGUGAAAUGUUCAAAUAUUAUCAUUAGAGUGUGAUCGAGUCAAGUUUGAGUUGAUCUCAGUCAUAGAUCAGUUUUGUCCUCAUCUCAAAAAAAAUAAUUGUUAGUUGAAAUGAGCGGAAGCGGUAAUAUGGGGCCAUCGGCCAACGUUAGCACCGUUUCGACACCAAUCAACACCGGGGCACGACCCGAUUCGGCACCGGUCUUCGGAUCAUCGACUAUUUCACAGGCUUCAACUCCACCGCAUAGCGCAACCGGGGGGAAGUUUCUCGAUCCCCGCACGGCCGAGGAGAAGAAAUUCCGCCGGACAUCGUUGCAAGUCCCGCUGCCCAAGCUGCCCUCGUCGGAGAGCAUCAGCCUCAGUCCGGGACCGGCGUCUCCAGGAAUCUCGGGAUGGAACGACAGCAGUCCAAAGAUUGAGGCCGGCUUUCCAGAUAAGCCACCCAACAACGAUGCGGCUAAGCUGAACCGCAAGGAAUCAUACAAAGCACAACGAAAAAACUACCGUCGCGAGAAGAAACGGGUUGCAUCGGAGCUGCUAAAUUCGCUCCAGGACCCGGCCGUGAUAGUGCUGGCCGAUUGGCUUAAGAUCAGAGGAACGCUCAAAUCAUGGACGAAGCUGUGGUGCGUGCUGAAACCGGGACUGCUGUUCAUCUACAAAAGUCCGAAAACCAAAAGUAGUCACUGGGUGGGAACGGUUCUACUGACUUCGUGCCAGGUGAUCGAGAGACCAAGCAAAAAAGAUGGCUUCUGCUUCAAGCUGUUCCACCCGAUGGACCAAACGAUAUGGGCUCCUCGAGGGCCAGACAAAGAGACUAUGGGAGCCGUCGUCCAGCCGCUGCCCACGUCCUAUCUGAUCUUUAGGGCUCCCAGUCAGGCUGCAGGAAAGUGUUGGUUGGAUGCAUUGGAACUUUCGUUGAGAUGUUCGGCGCUACUGGUACGUUCGCUGCCCGCCAUCGACACCAGUAUGCUGGAAGGGGCCACCAGCACCCACGAGACUCAGUGGUCAGAAGCCGACUACGAGAAACACUUUGACGAACAUGUCCCUAAAUUGAAAAAGCACCUAAACUAUCUGCUAAAGUAUCUACCCCCUUCCCCAACGGACGAAGAGAAUCUACACGUAGAACCCGGCCAGUCGCCUUUCCCCCCUAGCCCGUGUCCCUCGCCAACGCCAAUCUUUCAGCAGCUCUACCUAGCGGUCGCACAUUGGGAGCGAUACCUGCGUGAUUCCCCAGAAUUCAUGAGACACCGGGAUCAGUACGGGUCAGGGACACUGUCACCGAGUGCCAUUCCAGACGAUGUUUUCGACGAGAGUGGCGGUGCCGAACGGCGAAGGAAUUCCCUACAGGUUGGAUUGACACCUGGGGGACCGACCGCCGACGAAAAGAUACGACGCCGCAGCAGUCCGGCAGAGUUCAACAAAGAGUGCGGCCGUCAUUCGGCCAGUGGAGUGACGAUACGGGUUUCCGGCUGUCAAUAUUUGGACAUCGAUAGUCAACCGGACCAGGGUACACUGGUAAUGUCUGCCGGAGAAUCAGAUUCUGAGUCAGAUCUUGGUGAUGGGCUCGAGGUGGAAGAGCUUCCGGAAACACCGUACGUGCACCUUCCGGAAGAAGAAUUUGGAGCAGCUGGUGAACAAGUAGAGGAGCUUCCCGAAGAACACAAGAGUUUGAUAUGGUUUCUGGUGAAACAGGUCCGACCCGGUAUGGACCUUAGCAAGGUGGUGCUGCCGACCUUUAUCCUCGAACCACGUUCUUUCCUAGACAAACUGGCCGACUCGUAUUAUCACGCAGAUUUCCUUUCGAAGUAAGUAUUUUGGGGCGGUCGAAGUACGAGUUGGUUAACCCUUAAAUGCAUACUAUUGCCAUUUGGCAACAUACCGAAUUCUGUGAUAUAAAGCCUCAACAAGCCGAAAAAUGAGUACCAAAGAAAAAUGAGUAUCAUGCAUUUAAGGGUUAAGAUAUAUCUAAUUCGAAAGGGGAAGAAGAGU